AUGUCGAUGAUAUCGCAGACACUGCAAGGUGCAGCACUCAGCGUAACGUCCAACGUACUCGCGCAAGCCAUAUCAUCCUACAAAGAUGAUACGCCCUUCGCUCUCAAUUACCAAUCCGUACUCAAAUUCGUCGUCUUCAGCGUCCUCAGCACGCCGCCCAAUAUCAUUUGGCAGGGCUUCCUAGAAGACCAAUUUCCUACAAAUGUUCCGUCAGCACCGGCUUCUACCUCAUCCGAGAAAUCCGCGUCCAAAUCCGAGCCUGCGAAGACAACCAUGAGCAGAAGAAAUGUUUUGAUCAAGUUCAUCCUUGAUCAAACGAUUGGCGCUGUUGUCAAUACGCUCAUGUUCGUGAGUUAUAUGGCAUACGUUAAUGCGCAGGGUAAACCGGGCGUAAACGUUUUGGAUGUGGUUACUAGCGAUUGCAUCAACAAGACGUGGUCCAUGAUGAAAGACGGAUACAAGUUCUGGCCAGCGAUAAGUCUUAUUAGCUUCCUGUGGAUCCCUGUCGAUAAGAGGGUUGUUUUUGGAGCCUCAGUGGGUGUUGUGUGGGGUAUCUACCUUAGUUUGGCUGCGAACGCAUAG